UUUUCUCCGACGCCGGACUCACAUCUCGGCGUUUUUACUGACACUUCUCCUUUGAUAUUAUAUAGCGAUACACUUUAAGAGUGGUGUUAAACUAUUUCACAUCUAAAACCUGAUCAUUAGUGAGUUUCAAUUUUGUGAACAUAAAAGGAGAUAAGUGGAAGAAUGACAUGAAACUAGGUUUGCUGAAGACUCUAAAGAAAAGAAAUGACUCUCAUAGUGGCUUCAGGUUGGGCGACCUACACUAACGUCUAAGUGCUAUUGUUGGUUGUGGAACGUGUUGAAGCUUCGUGAAACUUCUUCUCCUAAUGAAUUCAAUAGCAGACAUUUUGAGAUAACCCGACCUAAUCGUAAGCUAGACCUUUCUUAAAAGGCUUGACUGUGACGGGCACUCAAAGAACCGAAGCUAGUCUUUGCUCCCCUCAGUUAGGCACAAGCUAACACAGCAUAUGCCUAUACACCUGGAAGCUACGGGCAACGAAGACCUGCAAUCGAAUAAUGCCAUGGCGAGUCAUUCUGGUCAACACUGGUACCUUCCAAUGGUCGACUUGCUCGAACGGAUUAUGGACGCUCAACAAGAAGGCUUGGAGUCACUACCAGAAGAGUUACAGAAAAGUUUCAACUUGAUGCGCGACCUUGAUAGCAAGGUUCAAGACCUUCUCAAAGAUAUUGAUAAGGAGUCAUAUAACUACAUUGACAAUACUGCUAACCUCUCGCCAUCAAAACGCAGAGAGGCCACGGAUAAAAUAGGGAAAAUGUACGCCAAGGUUAAGGAGUUAGCCGAUACAAAGGUUCAGCUUGCGAUGACAACGUAUGAAACAGUGGAUAAGCACAUCCGUCGAUUGGAUACUGAGCUUGUUCGGUUUGAGAACGAGCUAAAGGAGAAACUUUUAAGUAAGACCGGAAAGGCGGCUGGAGCCAGUGCUCAAGGGGUUCGGGAAAAGCGAAAACGGGAUAGUCGGAAGAGAGUGGAUCCGAGCGCUCCAGGAGGUCAGCCUGGACGCCAGCGAAAGAAAUUUAAAAACCCACCUCCCCAAGAUCUCGUUGACCCGGAUCCAUUGCUUCUUCCAUCACUGCAAAGCAUGACUAACGGAGGCGAUGUAAUGGACAUGCCUGUCGACCCGAACGAACCCACUUAUUGUCUAUGUCAUCAGGUUUCAUACGGCGAAAUGAUUGGCUGUGAUAAUCCCGAGUGUCCCAUUGAAUGGUUUCACUUCGCCUGUGUGGGGCUCAAUACGAAACCGAAGGGCCGUUGGUAUUGUCCGAAAUGCGGCCCGCCACCGACAGCAGAGAAGAAGCGGAAAUGACCGACCGCUUUGAGCGAAGAGAGCUCAUCAACGGGAACUGUAUGGCGUCACCGUCGCACCAACGACGCAACAACCCCCCGGGGUAAGGCGACCCCCCCAGAGAUCGUAUACGCGUUCCUCGCCGAACGCGCCUUCCGUUCAAAGUGAUGAGUUGAAAGCGGAAAACGAUGAGGCAUUUUGAUCAGCAACGUUAAAGAAUGGGCCGAGAAUAAUAAUGCCACCAUCAUAUUUAACGAUAUCAGCGAUAACUAUUAUAUUAGCAGCAACAAAUGCGUUUGUAUCAUAUGCAUCUUUAUUUCGUUCAGGCUUGGCUUGGCCCGUGGCCUAGGUCAGUUCUAGCUCAACCAGUUCGAUAGUGUAACGUACUCCAAUGCUUUUGGUACUUUAGCUAGUGGAUUGAGGUACUAUCGGAUAGGUCUGCUGGUAAAGUGGGACUGGCCAAACCUGGUGGCAUCAAUAAACGAAACGAGGUGAUAUAAUAGCGAUAUAUAAAGGAAAAAUAACACGUAAAAAGGAAAGUGGUCAUGAGUACUACCAUCUAUGAUAAAGCAUUAUUUUACGACGCACGCAGGUUGCUGCGACACUCUUUUAAAAAAAGACAAAAACACGACGUUUCUCUACUUCUUGACGAGGCAUCGGCCGCUCUAGGAUAGUGUGCUAUUGCGUAAGACUACAUGUACGACAUGCGAUAUGCACUAUUAUUAAUAUGAAGACCAAUCAAGUUAAAUAGGAUUAUUGUACAGACUCCAAAACACUCCAUAAAAAGGAGACUUUAGACAUUAACUUCCCCAUUUUUUUGCUUCAAAUACGCAAAUAGAUUUACUAGGGUCGACAUUACUUUCAGCGGCAGAGACGUGACAAGGAAAAAUACUAAGCAGUUGUGGCGUGUGUUCAUAACGAAUUUGUUUUUCUGGCUUGGGUUCUACGCGGAUUUAAUUGAACAACAGAAUAUGACUAUGUAAAGAGUAGCAUACGUUUAUUAUCACCAUUAUAAUACUCGUGAGGUGUGCAAUGGAUCAUGAUUUGCAAAUGAAUGGAGCCAUUCAUGCGUAUGAUUGAUCCAGUGUAUAGCAAAGCUCAAGCUUAGCGCGGCUAAUGAUUUCAUACAAACGACAGAUUUGUCAUAAUGUUAUUAAAGCACUACCUGCAUGCAGCAGCAGCAGCAGGACAGAUAAUGCAUUUAGAUUUGUAUGUAUAUGUUAUUUUGUUCAGCUUUCAUCCGAGUGUACUUGUUUAAAAAUGUUCAAGAGAUUUGUUUUUCUCAUAUUUACCUAUAAUUUAUUUGAUGAAAUGUUUAAUAUUUGUUCCACUGAUAAAAGGCAUACAUAUUGACCUGUAGAGCUUGGAGAAAGAUGCAUAUCUAACCAAAGCUGGUUCACGCGUUCAACCUAGUGCUCGUCAUUUAGUGCUUAGAAACAAUAAAAAAAAACAUAAAAGCCUAAUAAAAAAAACUUGACCAAAAGUGUAUUUACUAUGCGUG